ACGUCAUCAAUUGUACACAGCGAGCAGAAGAGGGCGACACAAUACUUCUCACAUACAACGGUACCUUUGAAGAUGGCGUUUCGUUUGAUGCAACCAGACCCGGUACCUCGAUGAAUCUGACCCUAGGUCCUUCUCUGAUCCAGGGAUUCAACCUCGGAUUGUUCGGCGCCUGUAUCGGACAAACACGACGAAUUUUUGUUCCUUAUCGUCUCGGGUACGGUGACGCCGGUGCUGGGGGUGUCAUCCCGCCUAAGACGGACAUCAUCUUCCUCGUCGGGGUACUCGACAUCUUCAAACCGGAACCAACAGAAACAGAAACGGAUUACGUUCACGAGGUCACUUACGAGAACACGACGGAGUUCGUCACAGACUCCAAUGAGAUAGACGACUUCGACACCGGCGAUGACACCAAUAACAACGUCAUCGAUAACAACCACGGGAAAGGCGACGGUGGUGGUUCUCGCGACCGGAAUGACCACGUCCGAAGGCGCCCUCAUCGUGGACGAUCCUUCUGGUGGUACGUGCAGUUCCUGGCUAUUCCCGUCCUCAUCAUCCUCCUCAUCGUCGAUGCCUAUUACCUGUACAAGAUAUACUUUCCCCAUGGCCGGGUCAAGUUCUACAAGGUCAGGGACCAUGAACCUAAUGAUAUAGUCAACACCCUCUGAAAAAACAUCCAUGAGUUCCCGCUAACCUUCAAGGUCCAUGAUUAAAUCCAGGGCUUAUAUCCAGGAUGAAGGUCCAGUACAUUUUCGUACUCUGCAUCCUAGUCCAGCACUGCCUCAGGGCACCGUUUCCUGAAGAUGUGUGCGUGUUUUGCUUAAGAGGCUGUAUGAACCUGUGUAUACCUGAUGGACAAUUUGCUCUUGAUGAUGCUUUCUUCUGAUAUUUCCCUUGACCUUUUGAUUUUUUAUAUACAGAUUUUUUUGUCUGUGCUCAAUAUCUUUUCGUUCGACUUUAUGUCUACUUCUGAAUGUGAACAGCAUCGCAUAUGUCGUUGUUUUUGGGUUGAUAAGUCAGUAUAGCAAGCCAGUCUUAUAUUGAUCACGGGGUCGGAUCGGUAUCCUAUAUGGCUCUAAACAUUAUAUUUUAUUAAUCGGUUGAGGCCACACUCUGGCCCGGAAUGAGGUCUUGGGACUCAUGAAAGUUGUAAGCACUUAUAAGACAGUGACAAUUGGAACAGUCUCAGAGGGCAAUGCUUCUGAGCCAAUCAACACCAAGGAUUUUACUGAAACUGUCAGCGUUAACAAUUUAAUCAGUGCUGACAACUUUCAUGAAACAUCGCCUGAUGUGACCCCGAAAGGAGCAGAUCUGAUGCGGAGAUGGUAACAUCGGACCUUAUUCCCGGACAUAAUUCCGUCAUUAUUCAACUCGCCAUUGGAAAAGGAGUUCCCCCCCCCAACGGAUGAUUUUCGAGUUAAAUCUGACCGGAGAGUUUUUUUUCCAAUUCAAUUCGCUUUCUGGCAAGUGCAAUUUCAACUCAACUUCAUUCUUGUGCCAUAGUGUCGUCGUAAAGCAUUAGACAUUCAAGCGGACAUUUCUUUUUCCUUUUUUACCAACAGAGAGAGCAUCAGCGUGGACAUUUUUUUAACGUUAUACAGCCAGUCCAACGAAACCAUUGACACAUGUGAAAGCUUAACUAAAUUAUUUCGAAUGGGUUAUUAUCGAUCGGAUUGAAAUUGGAUUCGCUGGUGUGACGAGCAUUCUAAUACCUCAGUCACGGUUGCUCUACGGCAGCCGCAUGGCGAGUCGAAAACAGGCGUUUUAACAUUUUUUGUAUAGCUUCAUUUAGGUGGUUUGAAGAAAAAUGAAUAAAACGGCUGUUUUCGACUCUCCGUACAGCCGCCGCCGUAGAGCAAAUCUGACUGAGAUAUUAGGGUUCGUUAAACAUUUGUUUCAUUAUUCCGUAGAGCUGUGACAGGUUCAGAUAGGACUAAGACAAAAAAUUGCAACGAAUGUACGUGCGUGCGUGCGUGUGUGUGUGUGUGUGUGUGUGUGUGUGUGGUGUGGAGUGAGGGCUUGUGUGUGUGUGUGUGUGCACGCGUGAAGUGGAUUUUGUGGAUGUGUGUCAUAAUAGGUUUUAAUGGGAUAGUGGUGUAUUUAUACUUGAGUGUGAAUUUUGGUUUAUUUCUUAUCAAAACAAACCCUUAAAGGUAAUGUAAUAUUUGCCGAACAUUUCUAUUCAAUAAGUGUGAAAAGGUGAUUUUAUUACUGGAAUUUUAAAUAAAUUGAAAUUGCUCCUAAACGCCCCCCCCCCCCCUCAAAAAAAAAACACUUACAUCACCUUGCAAGGGUUUUCUCAUAUGAUUAUCAAAAGAUACUUGUAAAGUGUUAAUAAGUUUUUGCUUUGACUGUGUUUUUCUCACCUUGAUAUAAUAGGGAGUCGAAGCUUAGAGACAAUAAUCAUGAUAAUUCUUAUUCGUUGGGUAUUGCACGGUGUUGGAAAAGGAAGACAUUUUUGCAAGUUUAUUGAGAAACGCAUUCGGGGCGUUGAUUGGUGUUUUGUGAGAAGAACCUGACAAAUAUCAGAGAGGUGUUUUAUCAUUGACAUCUCACAGCUUUCCUUGGUUUUGAUGUGUUGAAAAACACGGGUGUUUCAGUUUGGCAGUUUGAACUUAUUGGCCCGUAUUCUGAAGUCAGGUUUAACUUAAACUCAGGUUUAAAGUUGUAGUUUAAGUAUGGGAAGCCAAAAGUAUCAUAAUUUUUAUUAAGUUGUAUGUUUCUUGUGUUUACUGUGCUCUUUCCUGAUUCAUCGAUGGUGAAGACAAUCAUCUAUUUAUACUUCCUAGACGAUCAUGAAUGAUUUGAGAGCCAAGUGAGCUGAAGUAUGAUACCUCUAUACUGUUAGUGAUUUAUGUAACAAUUGGCUAUCCAUACUUAAACCACAACCUUAAAGCUGAGUUUAAGAUAAACCUGCUAUCAGAAUACGGGCCAUUGAGGUUUGCGUAAAUUUCGAUUCAUUGUUUGUUAUUAUCGACAUUUUACGAAUUCGAAAUUAGCUUUUAAUUAGAGGAAUUAUUUGAAAUGGAAAACAAAACAUUCUCAGAAUAAAUUUUCAAUUUCCAACACGGUGUACUACCUCUAAAUUAUGGAUCGCUGUGUACCAUAGCGUUGUAAAUAAAUAAAGGAGUUUCAAUGAUUUUUUUUCAAAUGUGAUUUAUCAAAUGCGAUUCAGCUGUGGUUGUAAUGCAUUAAUAUUAAUCACGUUUAUAUUAUAGAUUGGGGUUCUUUGCGGUAACUUUGAGGAUAGUGCGCAAACUAAUUGCCUCUACUGUAUAUAACUACGCUAAAUGUGAAAUAAAACGUUUGGGAGGUGAAUUUGUGCUUUUAUACUUUUGAAAUUUAAAGUUGGGAUUCUUAUUGGUGUAUACAGGUGUAUAAAAGUUUUGAAUAUGAAAUGUUUUCUAUCUUCGUAAUGAAUUGACAUUUUGUAGAUGUUGGUAGUGUGUGUUGUUUGUGAAGAUAACCAGUGAUAUUUCCAUUGCAAGUAGGGGCAGCGCCAGGAUAUUUUUUUUUUUUGGGGGGGGGCAAGACGACAGAAUGAUUACGUCAUAAUUUAUAUUUUGCUCAAUAGAAUUAUAAUAUUAAAUUGAUUUGCUAGUUAUAAGGCACAGACCUCUUUUUUUGUUACUAUUCUUUCUGUUAUUCUUCCAUUUUAUCCCCCUUUUUCAUUACUUAAAAAAUCAUACCGGCAAGUACCCUCCAUUUUCUCUGUGUUGCUGCCCCUAGUUUAAGGCCUCAUUUUCUCUAUUUUUCAAUACUUGAAAAAAAAUCAUACGGGCGGUACCCUCCAACUCCCAUACGAUGCUGCACCUGUGGUUGUAUUUAGGCCUAUCAACUUGUUGACAAUAUUGAUGAAAAUUUUAUAAUACAGCUGGUUAACAUCUUUUUAUUGAUUUGGCUGAUAUAGGUGGUUUCCGUCCUUACAUGUCAAAAGACGCAUUGUUGUGACAAAGAUGACUGCAUGGGGGGGGGGGGGGUCUUGAUUAAAACCAAGGGUGAGAUCAGGGUACUUUGUGUAUAGAGGGGCGCAGAAAUAGGUGUAUUGUAGAGAUAAUAUUAAGUAAAUAGACGCCUUUCUCUAUCAUUCCUGUAUUCCAUCUCUCCCUUGAAAGUGAGAAAGGGGGUCUUUUUCCCCCUUUUCCUUUCCUCACCUUAUUGUUUUUUGUUAUUACUUGAGGAAACAUAGGUGCGGUCCCCCCUGCCCCUCCCCUGUAUAACCACCCUUGGUUAUAUCUAUAUACUCUAGUUGUAAACAGAAGUGCGAUUCUCAUUGGCGCUGCCCUACAACGUGAAGUGGCGCUCUUUCUCUUUAUACAUAGUGCAAUGUGGGAUAGUUAACCUGUCUACAAUAAAAAGAAUGAAGCUAUAUUGUUCGAUGUAAUAAUGAUAAUACCAACAACAUAGAAAGCAAUCUGAUUUUAGGUUGAUUUUGGCCUUUUUUUCUGUCGGAGACAAAUUCACCAAACAGACUGGUUAAUUUGAACAAUCCUUUUCGAGAUUCUACCAACUUAAUGAUAAUAAAUCAUUAUAAUUAUUUAGAGGUCGCGCUCAUAUUGUUCGGUGACGCUCCAGACUCGUGACUCAAGAUUACUUAAUAACAAUUAUUUUAAGGCCAUCAAUAUCGCAUACAGAAGUGAAAAAAAAAUUAUUGGGUUACCAAUGAUACGAUUGAGUUUUAAAUAAGAUUCAGUAUACAGUCGCUAAGACUGUAUAUACAGUCGCUAAGACUGUAUGGCUUAUAGAUUGAUUUUAUUUGUUAUCGUUUAACGAUUUUGAUGAAUGAAGUCAAGCCCAAUACCGUUUACAUGUUCAUGUAUAUUCCUACUAUUAUGUUAAUGGUAAAUGAAAUAAAUCAAUGUCACAACAA